UCUUCCGUUCCCGCCCGGGCGGCCGUUAGGUGUGGGGUUAUGAGGCACUCGGAAUUUUCGGAGCGGCUUGAGGCGGCGGCGGUUGUAACGGCCCCGCCUGGCGGGCGGCGCUGAAGAGAGGGAGAAAUUUCAAUUGUAACAGCAGAUUGUAUGGAUGCUCAUCUACAUGUUUUUGUGGUGGAUAAAUUUCAAGAGCAUACAAGCCAGUCUUUCCUAAUCGAAGUAAUUUAAACAUAAAAAUGCAUUUUUAUAUAGGAAACUGAAAGCAGCAUAAGAAACUGAAAGUAGCAUAACAAAAAGUAGUCAUGGGUAAAAGGAAAGAGGAAACUGUUUCACAGCCUGGGUCCCACAAAAGACGGAGACAAGAAUACACGGGUGAACCUAGUGAUGAGUGUAAUGAAGAGGAAAAAUCACAGCUGUUGGCCGACAGUACUUUUUCUUCACCAUCGACUGUAGGGGAAGUUGGGAUAAUUGAAAGUAUCCAGCUGAAGAACUUCAUGUGUCAUUCGAUGUUGGGGCCUUUUCAGUUUGGAUCAAAUCUCAAUUUUGUGGUUGGAAACAAUGGAAGUGGAAAGAGUUCUGUGUUAACUGCUCUUAUUGUUGGACUUGGUGGAAAAGCCACUACAACUAACAGAGGUUCCUCUUUAAAAGUAUUUGUAAAAGAUGGAGAGUCUUCUGCAGAUAUUUCAAUAACAUUGCAAAACCAAGGUAGAGAUGCAUAUAAACCCGAAGUAUAUGGUGAUUCUAUUAUUGUGAAUCAGCACAUCAAUCUGGAUGGAAGCAGAAGCUACAGACUGAAAAGCAAAUCAGGGACUUUAAUAUCUUCAAAGAAAGAGGAACUUGUAGCCAUACUGGAUCAUUUUAAUAUACAGGUAGAUAAUCCUGUGUCUGUUUUAACCCAAGAGAUGAGUAAACACUUUUUACAAUCUAAAAAUGAAGGUGACAAGUACAAGUUUUUUAUGAAGGCAACUCAGCUGGAACAAAUGAAAGAAGAUUAUUCAUAUAUUAUGAAAACAAAAGAAAAUACACGUCUUCAGAUAGAGCAAGGAGUAGAGCGUCUACGAGAACUUAAGCUUCAUUAUUGCGAAAAAAAGGAACGUUACAAAAGCAUUGGAUUUGUGAAUGAAAUGCGAAAUAAUCUUGAAGAUUUGAAACAUAAAAUGGCAUGGGCAGUGGUAAGUGAAAUGGAAAGAGAAAUACUGCCAAUCAAAGAAUGCAUCAGAACUGAAGAAGAACGUGCAGAAAAGUUUGUUCAGAAGCUAGAAGAAUGUCAGGUAAAAGUAAAUGAAGCAGAAGAAAAGUACAAAGCAAUACAAGACAAGUUAGUAAAGAUAGGUGAAGAAGCACAAGCCCUACAUCCUCAGUGUAUUUCUUCAAAAACUGAUGUGCAGGCAGGAAGAAAAGCAUUCAAUGAAGCUGAGGCCCUUUAUAAUCGUUUCAGAACUGAGUUAAAACGCCUAGGAAGAGAUGAUGAACAGCUACGUAAACGAAUUGAAGAACUGAAAAAUAGUGCUAAUCAGGUUUCCGAGCCCGAAAUGUUGGAAAGACAAAGGAAAAUUGCACAGUUAAAAGAGUGUUUAAAGGGAUUCCAUGACCAAGAAAUAAUGAUUGGUCAACAGAUGGAUCAGUUUCAGCAGGCCAUAUACAAGUACAAGGAAGAACAGGCUACACUGAGAAAAGAACAACAUGAUGUGAAACAAGCACUGGAUGUCAAGUUGAAACAGCUGAGAGAGCUGAAAGAUAGUAAAACAAAUACCUUGAAAAGAUUUGGACCACAUGUGCCAUCAUUUCUUGAAGCAGUUGAAACAGCCUACAGGCAAGGGCGUUUUAAAUACAAACCUGUUGGACCUUUAGGUGCUUUCAUUCAUCUGAAAGAUGCUGAACUUACUUUGGCUGUUGAAUCUUGUUUAAAGGGCCUAGUUCAGGCAUUUUGCUGUGAUAAUCAUAAUGAUGAAAGAAAUCUUCAGAUACUGAUGUCAAAAUAUUAUCCAUCUGGAUUUCGACCUCAAAUAAUUGUAAAUAAAUUUCAGAAUAAAGUUUAUGAUGUUAGACACAGAGGAGUUCAUCAUCCAGAAUUCCCGUCGGUUCUCACAGCACUGGAAAUAGAUGAUGCAGUGGUUGCCAAUUGCUUGAUUGAUAUAAGAAGUAUAGAAACAGUCCUGCUGAUUAAAAGUAGCUGUAAAGCUCGUGAGGUAAUGCAGAGUAACAGGCCCCCAAAAAACUGCAGAGAAGCUUUCACUGCUGAAGGCGAUCAGGUAUUUGAAAGACGAUAUUACUCAUCUGAUUACCUUCGACCCAAGUACCUGAGCAAAGAUGUUGAAGCAGAAAUAAGUCACUUGGAAAAAGAAAUUGAAAACAAAAAGGCACAGCUGAUGACAUCUCAACAACGUUUGCAUUCCAUUGAAAAUGAGAUUAGGCAGAAUGAAGAUCAUCUUCAUCGUCACCGACGACACCAAAAAGAAUUACAGAUAAAAAUAAGAACAACAAGUGCAGAAAUAUCAGAUCUUGAGAAUACAGAAGAACACCAGUCAGUGGAUAUCCGUACAUUAGAAGAUGAAGCUGAAGAAAACAAGAAUAAGAUGGAAUCUGUAAAACGGGAAAUGCUACAACAAAGUGGAAAAAUGGAAGAGCUGAGAAGUAUUCUACAGGCAGCUGAAAAAAGAUUUGAAGAAAUGAAAGAAAAAAUUCACCAGGUAGAAGAAAUUGCUGGUCCAGUUAAGGAUGAAUUAAACCAAGCUGACUCAGAAGUAGAGAACAGUAAACGCCGUUUGCAGCACUAUGAAGACAAACAGAAAGAACACUUGGCUUGUAUAAAAAGACGUAAGGAAUUACUAGCUGCCAAAGAAAAAGAAUUAGAGGAAAAAAUUGCGCAGGCUAGGCAAAUAUACUCAGAACGCAUUGAAGUCAGCAGAACUGUUAAGAGUCUUGACGCAGAAAUGAAUCGCUUGAGAGAGAGGAUAAAUUCGGAAAAAGAUCGCCACGGAAACAGAGAAGAAAUUAUACAACAGUUUUUUGAUGCGAAGGAAAAAUAUGAAGAUGCAAACAGUAAAGUAAAAAAUUUAAAGAAAUUUGUUAAGCUGCUGGAAGAAAUAAUGACGCAAAGAUUCAAAAUAUAUCGGCAGUUCUUAAGGCUCCUUUCUUUACGAUGCAAGCUGUACUUUGACCAUUUAUUACGUAUUCGAGCGUAUUGUGGAAAAAUACUUUUUGAUCACAGGAAUGAGACACUUUCAAUAACAGUCCAGCCUGGAGAGGGAGACAAAGCUUCCCUUAAUGAUGUGAGAUCUUUAUCGGGAGGUGAACGUUCCUUCUCAACAGUUUGUUUCGUUCUUUCCCUGUGGUCCAUUACUGAGUCUCCUUUCAGAUGCUUAGAUGAAUUUGAUGUCUACAUGGACAUGGUUAACAGAAGAAUCGCAAUGGAUAUGAUGCUCAAGGUGGCUGACUCCCAGCGUCAUCGACAGUUCAUUUUGCUCACCCCGCAAAGUAUGAGUUCUCUACCUACAAGUACCCUUAUUCGAAUCCUCCGACUGCAAGACCCUGAAAGAGGCCAAACAACAUUGAAUUUCCGAAAUAGGAAUGAAGAGGAGGAAAAUCAAUAAGUAUAUCUGUGAACUUGAAAUUGUUGGGAGCUCUUCAAAAACAAUCAAUUUAAAGUUCAGCCAUUAGACAUAUGCUUUCUUGAAAUUGCAGGGUCAUAAGAACAAUUAAGAUUUUUUUUUUUUUCAGAGAACAAUUUGCAAUUUCUACAGUUACUUACCAAAUAGCAAUUCCUCAAUAAAAUUUCUUUACAGUUCAAGUUCUAAAUUGACUUGAUAGCUGCUGGGUUUUUUUGUUUUGUUUUGUUUGUUUGUUUUGUUUCUUUUAAGCCACUGCAUGGUGAUAUGUGUUAAUGUUGUUUAGCUUUUACCCAAGCAUGCAUUAAGUUAUAUAGAUGUUCCUACAAUACAGAAGUUAAUGAAGAAUUGAAAGAAACAAACUGGCACAGCCGUUUAAUAUCCUCCUGUAGCAUGACUCUAGGGAUUGCAUUUAGUGACCUUUCAAAGACUUCAGAUGUUUACUUGCAAAAGGCUAGAGUAAUGGACCAACAAACUUAUAACAGCCUUCCUGUGCCUAAGAGGAGGUUACAGAGACAAGCUUUUUACUGAAAUGUAUGGCAAGAGAACAAGAGACAGUGGUCAUAAACUGAAGUGGGGAGGUUCAGAAUGGAUAAAGGGGGGAGGGAGGUGGAAGAGUUCAUGAUGAUGAUCACAGGUAUUAGAACAGGUUGCCCAGAGAGGUUGUAGAAUCUCUGUCCUUAGAGGUUUCAGGGUCUGAAUUCAGGACUGCUCCUGCUUUGGGCAGGAAGCUGGACUAGAGACCUCUGGAAAUUCCAACCAAACUAAAUGAUUCUGUAAUCCUAUGUUUUUGUAAAGUAUAUACUAAAGAAGCUUGCAACUUUUUUUAGGAUUAUGUGAAAUACUGGGGUGGAAGGCAUGGCACCUACAAACAUGGUAAAACUUUUCUGAAAUGCAAAAUUCAAUUCAGCUUGAUUUUUUUUCUGGUAACUAUUACAUGAUAUUGAAUCACAUCUUGACUCUUUUUUUGGUGAAACUAGAAUAUAUUUUGGAACCUUUUACAACAUGAAUUCAUAGAAUAACAUAGUAUUAGUUCCUCCUAAUUUUGUUCAGUAUUGAAGAAAUAAAAUAAGAGUGCAGAGGCAGGGGAGAAGUGUUUAUCUUCGCUGAUACUUUUAUAGUUAGUUGUGCAGAGAGAACAGUUUAAGGAAAAAUAUUGCUUUCCUACUGGGCUAACACUUCAACUUUCUCCCAGGCUUUCUACAGAUUGCUGGAAUAAAUCUUUCUUGAAAUACUGGAGCAGUUAGCAGUGCUUCUUUUGAUUUUUAGUUCGAAUCAUAUGAUGUAUUUAUUCUAAUCUAUCACUGUACUUAAUGAAAGUAUGCCUGACUGUGAUUAUUAUAAGCAACUAUUUUCAUGGUAGAGAGUACUUCUGAAUAAACAAUUAUUGAAGCAGUUA